AUGAAUUCAGACUCCAGCCCGAGCAGCAGAGCCUCUUCCCCGGACAUGGACGUUAUGUCUCUCAGAGACCACCAUCCGCACCACCAUCAUCACCACGUUGGCUCCUCCGUUUCCUCAUCUACGCAGAGCGCAGAGCUGCGCCAGAAGCUGAGCGCCAGCGAUCUCUUGAGGUCUGGAGACCCCAAGUCAGUAGGAAGCAGCAGCAGUAGCAGCAGCAGCAGCAGCAGCAGCAGAGACAAGUUCAAACUUAAGAAACAAGUCACCGAGGAGGAAAUGUACCACCUCCGUCUCAAGAUUAACGGCCGGGAGCGGAAGCGCAUGCACGACCUCAACCUGGCCAUGGACGGCUUGCGCGAGGUGAUGCCCUACGCGCACGGGCCCUCGGUGCGGAAGUUGUCUAAGAUCGCCACGCUCCUUCUCGCCAGGAACUACAUUCUGAUGCUCAACAGCUCCUUGGACGAGAUGAAGCGGCUGGUGGGGGACAUUUACGGAGGGCACAACUCAGCUUUCCACUGCGGCACCGUGGCACACGCCGCGGGUGCAGGUGGACACCCCGGGGGCCCCGCCGCUGCAGCCGCCGCCGCCGCCGCCGCCGCGCACCAGGUGCACCCGGUGCACCCUCUCCUCGCGAGCGGUCUGACAACUUCCACGUCCUCCACGCUGCCGGGGCUCACGUCAAUCCGAGCACCCCACGCCCUGAUGAAGGGCACCCCGGUUGGGCCCCAGCCCAUGCAGCUGGGCCCCGGCUUCCCGCAUUGGGCCGGACUGCCGUGUCCCUGCCCCAUCUGCCAGAUGCCCCCUCCUCCACACAUCCCCAUCAGCACUGCCGGCCUCACGAGACUCACAGUGGACGGCAAGGACCUGAUGAAAUGAUGGUCUGACAGACACGCGGAGACUGAGAGAUGUAACGAUGUUUGUAAAUAGAGAAUUCAGGGCAUGAGGGUGGAGUUGGCAUCACUUGUGCAUGUUGUUGUUUAGUCUGUUUUCUUGUUGGGCGUAUGAGAAAAAAACCCGUUAUUUUCCUCCUUGUAACAAGGACUUACAAAGACUGAUGAAUUUUCCAAUUGAAGGUAAAAAGAAAAAGUUGUGCGUCAUGCAACAAGAUGACACGAUCCUCUCGUGUCUGACUGCGUUUUAGUUUCACGCCACAAUGUGAAAGGUGAAGGAGGCUGCAUGGACAUGUUGAUUUCAUUUGACCUUUUUCUGUAUCAGGCGUUAUUUUGUGAAAACGAAGAAUGCUCUCCGUGCCUUGUACCAAGGAUUUUAAACUUGAGUUGUAAAUGAAAAUAAUGACAUUCAUGUGUUUGGCUAAAAUGACUGCCACCGCGGAAAUUUGUUUUAAAAUUCUUUAGAUUUAUUUUUAUUUCGUGGCUUACUGUAUGUCAAUUUGUUGUUUUAUUUCUUCUCUUUUUUUGCAUGAUGGUGUAAUUAUCACAGCAUGAUUGUUUUUGCUGAACUGAAUUUGUUAUGCCCAGAGACCCUGUGUCUUUAUUUUUGU